AUGAGUAUUAUAAGGUAUAUUACCGGCGACAUUUUGAAACCAAAGCCUUAUCCUAGAAUAAUAAUCCAUUCAUGCAAUUGCAACGGUUCGUGGGGAGGUGGUAUUGCCUAUCAACUGGCUGUUAAAUAUCCAGAAGCUGAGACUGUAUACAUGAAUCAUUGCACAAAAUAUGGUUCUAAAUUAUUAGGUAGCUCGUUGCUGAUACCCAGCUUUAAGGACUCGGAUGUUCUAAUCGCUUGCCUCUUCACAUCAUCGUUUGGUGGUUCCAGUCAUGAUCAUAGUAGUAGCAUUUUACGUUAUACCGAAGAGGCUAUUAAUGAUUUGAUCAAUACUAUAGCGACAGAAAAGGGGGGACCUAUUUAUGGCGCAGAACUGCAAAAACCCCUAACUGAAUAUGAAUUAGAGCUUCCAAAAAUUAACAGUGGCAUCUUUGGUGUCCCAUGGGAGUUAACUGAACAAGUAUUAAAGAAGUAUACUGGAAAUAUAUCUUUUAAUGUCUAUACAUUCUAA